AGUAGGAAGAGGGUUAUGCUGUACUGACCUGCCCCCUCUCCUGCCCUCACUAGUGACUGCUUUCUGCUUUUCUGCGAAGACGUGAAACAGCGGUACAUCAGAUAACAUGACAAUUAAUGAGAGAGAGAGAGAGAGAGAGAGAGAGAGAGAGAGAGAGAGAGAGAGAGAGAGAGAGAGAGAGAGAACAUCCUACCUAGUAUGUAACAUGUACCUUACAGAUAUGUUAAGUGUUUUGUUACCAUGUUGCCGUAACUUUAUAAAUGUACUUACUAUAUUGCUGCUCUUGCAAAAUAAAUAAAAGUUAAUGAAAAUUCCUUUAAUUCACUAUAACCAUUAACACAAAAAUAACAAGGAAUUGUGAAAAUGUUCAGAGGAGAAAGAACUACAAGCAGAGAAAGAGGAGGAGGACGUAAGAAAAGAGAAGGGAAAGAGAAGGACUGAGGAAAGAAGAAUAGAGAAAGAUAAGGACGAUGAAAGAUGAGAAGGGAGAAUGAAGAGGGAAGAAAGAGGAGAAGAAGAAUUAGAGAAAGAGAAGAAGGACGAAAGAAGGAAGGAAAGAGGACAAAAGAGGACGGAGAAAGAGAGGGAGAGAGAGUAGGAGGAAGGAAAAAGGAGGACUAAAGAAGGGAGGAGAGAAAGAGGAGGAUGAAAGAAGGGAAAGGAGAAAGAGGACACACAGAAGAAAGACAAGAAGGAGAGAAAGAAGAGGAAAGAUAGGCUUCCUUCAGGGGGAGACAAUGGGACUCACUCAUUUUUAACUUGUUUCUCAUAAAAAUUUUCGUUUUCUGUAAACGUCCAAUAAAAAAAAACGAACAAAAUUCAUGGCAUACUAUACUAAACAUGUGAAUGCUCAAAUUUAUCUCAUGACAAGAAGCCGAGGGCAUAAGUGUUUCGGAAUACGGCCUUUGUCUGGUUCACGUGUGGGACUGCCGGCCUGCUAUACAGACAGGUAGAUAGACUUAAUCACAUACGGGUCUCCUAGCUCCUCGCUACACUAAAGCAGCAUAAGGCAAGAUGCAGCCUUGCCUUAUGGAGACGCCGUGACGCACUUCCCACUGAACGAGAGUGGGAAGCAAACUUUGGGUGGUGUGUGGUGUGGGCGCUUUCGGGAUCAAACAGGAAGCCGGGUCGGGAGUUGAGCCACUGAUCAUUCAAUUGCCUGCCCGUUAAGUGGCCUCCAGUGCACCGCUCAAGUCACAGAGGAAAUGCAAUACAACAACACUGUUUAAUGAAGGAAGUGCGCACGAGUCACUUGUCAGGGAAGGAUCUCCAACACAUGUCAGUGACAGGAUAAUUGUAGUGCGGGGAAUCAAAGGACUAAUUAGCGUGGUUAGACAACUGUGCGGCUCACCGACUGGUCUUGUUGGUCUCCGUGUUGUGGCCGCGACCGCCGCAUCGCUCGCUCCUUCCUUCAUUCUAGACACUGGUUGGCUGCACACUGCAAGGAGAGGAGUCAGGUCGCUCCUCUGGGGUCACGUGAAGGUGUAAUGACGCACAGCGAUUCCAAAGGCAGCACUCACUCCUCCACGCCGAGGCCUGGUGGAGCCUGCAAGAGCUUGGAGGAGUUCCGGCUCUUCAAACAAAGCACGUCUCCCAUUUUCCUCACAAAGAGUCAAUGCAUCAUCGUUUUCUGAGACACAAUCAAGUCCAGAAAUGGGCCUCGCGGGCAAAGCGUCGCCGGACACAGCCGAGUCACUAUUGAGUUAAUGACCCAUUUUUCCCGAGGCGCCUUCCAUUGACACUCCGACGUGAUGUAGUGUGCCCUUUUUCUCCGCAAUGCCUUCAAGCCAUCAGUCCCAUUAACGCUGACGUUCUCAUUUCAUGGCUUAAAGCUGUAAAAGCGACGUUUUCUAUUGGUAAACACAGCAAGGACACGAUCAAUACCCUUCCGGUGACCGUCCACAAGCCUCCUCUGCCCAGAACACCUGACCAUCUCCCUCCAGACAGCCGCUCGCCAUGUCGCCGCUGCCUCCGCCCCUGCCACUCCUGGUGGCGCUGCUGGCGCUGCUGGGGGCAGCCCCGCUUGCCGCCGCCGAGGUGAGCGAGGCCGUGUGGCACCGGGCGCUGGUCUCGCAGGCGCAGCUCGACGCCGCCGCCACGUCUGAAAGGUUCCUGGUGGCUGAUGAGAUCCUGUGCGCCGCCCUGGCCAACGCCGUCCCCUGGUGUCACCUGCUGACCCACGAGGGCACCACCUGUGUCCUGUACGACGUGGUGGUGGACAGUCUGGACGCCGCCGCCGCCGACGCCGCCACGCCCUGCAGGACCCGCCACCGCAACGUGUGUGUCGUGGAGGGCGUGCCGGUGCCUCACGGGUCCAUGGUGGAUCACCAGUGCCUCCCCGCCCUCUGCUGGAAUGGUGCCAUCAUUCCCGCCCCAGCAGGCACAGGUGAGUGUUUGCUGACACACAGGUGAGCCUCAGAGUGCUGGGGUUCCUCCCUCAGGAUGGCAGGAGCCUCAGUCACUCCUUCUCCCCAACAGUGUCGACCGCAUGCGACGGUGACUUCGCGCAAGACCCCCUUGGCUGUGUUUACCUGCACCAGGUGGCGAUGGGCUGGUGCGAGGCUCGCUACCGCUGCGGCACUCUCGGCGCCGACCUCGCCGUCGUCUCGGCUUCAGAUUUUGCAGUUCUGCAAGCUUUCCUGGACAACAACGCGGCGAAUGAGGGUGAGUUCCUGAAGGAAGGCAACACACGGCUGUAUACUUGGCCGCUGUUAUGAGUGAGGAAAUGAAACAAUGAACAGAUAAGUCUAAGACGUUAGUUGAAUUUAACAGAACUAAUCAUCCUACACUUGUAUAUACUCGUACGCUCACUGUUUCAUUUUAACUGUACUGACCAAACGAGAGCCACCCUGUUGGUUCUGAGUGGUAAAACCAGUACUGAUGCAAGAGUAAACUUGCAAAAAAAUGAAGUAAAACGUAGUCAGGAAAGGUGAGUCUAAGCCUUGCACUGUUCGGUCCUCAGAGAUAUGGGUGGGGGUGAAGGGACGCAAGUGGUUGGACGGUCGUGACGUGGAAAACUCAAUGUGGGGUGGCGACGAUCCCAACGGCGACCCGGAGGACUGUGGGCGCAUGAGGAUCUUUUCUGAGGGCUACAUGCUUGCUGACAUGACCUGUGAGCGGAUCAUUAAAUUCCUGUGCAUGAGGUCAGGCUAGGCUCCGAAUAAUUGUUCUGUAUUGUCAACCGUUUCGGCUUCUUGUUUCUACUACAUGUAACACAGGAUCUGCAUACUAGUGAUUAAAUUUUACAGGUUGUUUUCAGGAUUCUAGUGGUAGUUCAACAAGGAUACUGCACUUUUAACAGGUUUAUUCGAAGUCAAUGGGGGUUUUCAAGUGUUUUCACGGUUUCAGUGGUUGUAAUGGUAGUUAACAAGGACUCUGCAAUUUUAACAGCUUCUUUUGGAAGUUACUGUGGUUCUCAAGUGUAUUUUGACGGUUCCAGUGGUUGUAGUGGUAGUUUAACAAGGACUCUGCACUUUUAACAGGUUCUAUUGGAAGUUCUCAAGUGUGUUUUGACAGUUCUAUUGGUUGUAGUGGUAGUUUAACAAGGACUCUGCAUUCUGAGCUCAGACGGGCAACAAAGUGUGGCGCUUUUUGUGGCGACUCGUGGCGGUGAUCGCUCCCUGCAGACUGUGAGUGGGAGGGAAAGGUUCACUUGAUGAUGCGGACAGUCUGACCUUGAGAGCUGACCCGAGAUGACGCAGGAGCACUUCUUCCGGGUUCUGCUAGCGAGAGUGACGCUGGACGGGGUGACGCAAGCUGUCGUGGUUAUUCUGAGCUCAUGACAUGUAUCACCCGCCCCUCUGCACUGUGGCUGUUGUGCACUAGGCGAGUGAGCAGGGAGUAAUUAGCAGGUAGAUUUUAAUUCUCACAGUUUUUUUAAGAGCCGAGUCAUGGCCAGGUGUGGUUAAGGAAUUCGUCAUUUGUAAUUUCAUCCACUUUCCUCUGUCUUUUUAUGUAAGAGGGGGUCUGGUCAAGAGCAACAGAAAGGCUGAAAAAGGCCCACUGCCAGUCCCCAGAGUAGUCAAAAGGAUGAUCCAGAGUUAUGAGGGAAAACGUCCUUUGAAAACUCCUUGCUUUGACGACACAGAAAACCUAGAAAAGUUUUGCUUAAUCAUUCAAGACACUUAUACUUUAAGAAUUAAACAGACACUGGAAUCUGUACAUUA